AUGGAUAAAUUUAGGAUUAGGUCAAACGAUAAAAGCGGAAUCAUAUUUGAUAUAGGUAUAGCUUAUACGAAGAUAGGCUUUACUGGCGAUAAUGGACCUAUAAGAAUAAUAAGAACUCCUAGUGAGUUAUUUUCAGAAUUCAAAGACAAAAUUCCAAUAUUAAAAAAUAAGAAAUAGCCUUAAGACUUCAUUUAGGCUUUUGAAGAAGGUGAAUAAAGACUUAAUGAAUCUUAGAUAGAAGGAAAUAAUUAAUUACCACUUUAAAAAUCAGAAACAUAGCAAAUAUACGAACAAGAAACAUUUAUAGCAAACAGUUUAUAAAAUAUAUAAAAUCUAAAUGAGAAAAUAGAUAUAUUCCUGAAUCAUUUAUUUUAUUAUGAACUUUUAUAAAAGUUAACUAACAAAAUUAUUUACAUAUGCAAAAACCAUUUAAUUCCUCAUGAAUUUUAUGAUAAAUUAGGGACAAUCCUCUUUAAUAAAUAUGAAAUAACAAAAAUUUAGUUUGUUUUAAACAACAGCUUACCUCUCUACAUAACUGGAUAACUAUCAGGGUUGGUAGUUGAAUGUGGAUAUUAUGACACUUAAAUUACUCCCAUUUAUGAAGGAUAUCCUUUAAUGAAUUGCCUAAUAACUUCAAAGUGCGGAGGUUAUCUCAUAAAUAAAUUUUUAAAGAAUUAUUUGCUCAAAGAUAACUCAAAUAUCAAUUUCUAAAACAUAGAUUUUUUACAGUUAGAGGAUAUUAAAUUUAAAUAUUGCAAACUUUUACUUAAAAAUCAAGAAGAUUAAUAUAGCAUCAAUGAAGAAAUGAUACAAAAGGCUAAGCAAACCUUAAUUCCAACUAGUUUGAUUGCAAGCUAGAUAGAAUAGUAGACUUAGCUUGAAAAAUCAUAAAAAUCAAAUUAAAUUCACUAACAAAAAAUUUAACUAAGUUAUUACACAUCUACUAAAUCAUUAAGUUAAGGUUUAUUUGGAAAUGUAGAUUCUGAUGAACCAAAUAUAGCUUAUUCUAUUUUAUAAGCCCUCUAAAAAUGUGACCCUUCAGUAGCCAUUAAAGUAAGUAAAAAUAUAAUAAUAUCAGGAGGUGUAGCAUCUACAAGAGGAUUUUAUGAAAGAUUAAGAUAAGAAAUAUUAUUUCAGAUAGAAAACAACCCCUAAGUAUAAGAUUUAAAAUAUUUAAAGAAGUAUUUAUCGUUUACAAGAAUAAAUUAUCCACCAAAUACCUUACCUUGGAUAGGAGCUUCUAUUAUAAACCAACUAAAUCCAAAUGAAAAAUACUGCAUAACAGUUGAAAAAUUUAGAUAAAAUAGCUCACAGAUACCAGAUAUAUUUGGUAACGAUUAUGUUUAUAUGCUCAACUAAAAUUCAAAAGAUUAGGAGCAAGGCAAUGAAGCAGAUGAUAUUAUUUGA